GUGCCACACAUACCAAACAACAACAACAACAACAACAAAACAUGAGGACUACCCUCUCUUUCUCUCCUCUCCUCCUCCUCUUCUUCCUCCUCCUCUCCUCCUCCUUCCACCGCGUAGCCGCCCAAACCCUAAUCUACAACACCUGCAAAACCGGCGUCAACCAUGAUAGCAACAUCGACUUCACUUUCUGCACAACCUCCCUCCAAUCAGCUCCCGCCAGCCAAUGCGCUGACCUACGUGGCCUCGGCAUGAUCUCCAUCAAGCUUAUCCAGAACAACGUGACCGACACUCGCUGCUACGUCAAACACCUAUUGAAAAACAAGAAACUUGACCCAUAUGUCAAGGUUCGUUUACAAGAUUGCUUGGAGCUUUACUCGGAUGCGAUUCCUUCUGUAAAACAGGCAGUGAAGUAUUAUAAGAGUAAGAAAUUUGUGGAUGCUAACAGAGAAAUAACCUCGGUUAUGGACGCUGUGAUCACUUGUGAAGAUGGGUUUUUGGAGAAGAAAGGUGUGGUUUCGCCAUUGAAGAAGAGAGAUAAUGAUACUUUUCAGUUGUCUGCAAUUUCACUUUCUAUCAUGAACAUGUUUCAGACUGGUUCACACUGAUCUUCUUGGCUUUUUCUAAUUUCUCUUCUUUUUUAUGUGUAGAAGAAGAUUAUGGACUCUUGUUUCAAUUUUUUGCUUUUUCUUUUUUGUUUUUUGUUUUUGAACUAUGUGUGAAGGUCAGAUUCUUCUAUUCAUAAAUGGAUUCAGGGAUUCUUCGGU